CCUGUAAAUAUGCGGGGUUGUACCUCGGUACCUUAUUUUAUUGUUAUAUUUGUUUUUAAUGACAGGUGCCUAGAGGGCUAAAUGCUCAAUUGACGGUAUUGUUAGCCUAUCACAAUUUUCAAUGGUCAUUGAAUGUCUGGCGAGCCUGGAAAAUUGGCGUCUUCAUCUCUGAUAAGAUAAGAUUAAGAUUGUCUUGGCAGCGUCCCACUCUUCCAAUUUCCGAGCCUCAAGAACGCGUCGACACUCACACGCUUUCCUCCUGACUCGAGGAUUUUUCUUUCGCUGUCAUGCCUUCCGUACCCCUAUUUCCACCAUCCCAGACGCGCUCGUCCACGGAGCUGUCGCACGAUGCCUCGAAUCCCCUCCCGACCAUCCUACACACCCCCUCCGGCCUCGCCAUUCUCGAACUGCAGGGAACCAUCAAUGUGCCUCCAUCCGAUGUCACAGAACAGGGCAAUUCUUCGGGGCCUCAACAUACCGACACCGUGGAUGCUCUUACUCCUACUGGGAAAAUCGUCGAAACUGAACUCGGCAGACUCAUGUUCCCAGACUACGUCGAAGGGGACACUGACAAUACCAAGUGGAUGAAGCGUGCAUACCUAUUUGUCGGCAAAUACCAGCGUAUGACGGGCGAAGUGAAGAAAUUAGCGAAACCGCUCGCCAUCAUACGACGCCGACAGCAACAACAACAACAACAAUCAAAGACAGGCUCCAUGGUAGAUGAAGCUCAAGUUGGCGAAAGGGAAGGUGGGGAUGAGCUUGAGAUUGUGGAGAUUAUCAAGUACAAGAUCAUUUUUGCUUCAAGACCGGAGCCUGUGGGUAUAUAACAAGGGUUUUUGGCACGAAGUAAGAGCUUGUGCUUGUUCAUUCCAGGGCAGUCGACAGACAACUUUCCCAAUAGGCGGGGACUCAUCGGGGUGCCUCGACCUGGCGCUUCCCAUCAGAAAGAAUGGCGAUAGUUAUAUCUAUUCCAAGAGGAUGAAUUGUGUGUAGCGAUACUGAUGCCGCCAUCAUUUCCGCGUACCAUGAAGGCCAGGCGCCGGCGCGUGCUUCUAUUUGGGCCAACGCAACCUAAGGUGCUAGUUGAACUAGUCACCUGUAUGGUCAGACAUGCUCAAUGAAAAUCGCUAUUCCUAUUACUAACAGGAGUAUCGCAUUCACGCGUGGUAUGACUCAGUUAGAUACCAUCAUACUUGAACGUUGAAGUGACUAAAGGUCUAGACAUGCCAUUGACUGGAAGGUAGUCGAUAGGCAGGGAUCAUUGAUAGUUGUGUUAGAGACAAAAUUAGACUAUUCCCAAUAUUAAGGA